UCUUUCAGCAGCCUUCUCGAGGCCAUUUUACACUGGGUUGUGGUGCACGUUUAUUCUUCUUCGUGGUGGCUAGUAUUUUUUAGGUAGUUUCAGUUAUUUUAAUACAUUGAACCUUCUUUGUAUAUAAUGAUGGAGACCGAAGGACAGGUCGCUCUUAACUUGGAGGAAUUUCCAGAAGGGUCGAAGAUCAACGCCAGCAAAAACCAGCAAGACGAUGGGAAAAUAUUUAUUGGAGGGCUUAACUGGGACACGAGCAAGAAAGAUCUAACGGAUUACCUGUCACGAUUUGGGGAAGUGGUUGACUGCACAAUCAAGACAGAUCCCAUCACAGGAAGGUCGAGGGGGUUUGGAUUUGUGCUUUUCAAAGAUUCUGAGAGUGUUGACCGGGUCCUCGAAUUGAAAGAACAUAAAUUAGACGGGAAGCUUAUUGAUCCAAAAAGAGCCAAGGCAAUAAAAGGCAAAGAGCCCCCCAAGAAAGUAUUUGUCGGAGGAUUGAGUCCAGACACUUCUGAAGAUCAGAUCAGAGAGUAUUUUGGAAGUUUUGGAACGAUUGAAAGUAUUGAACUCCCGAAGGACACAAAAACUAAUGAAAGGAGAGGAUUUUGUUUUGUUACCUAUGCAGAUGAAGACCCAGUUCAGAAGCUGUUGGAAAACAGAUAUCAUGUUAUUGGAUCUGGAAAGUGUGAGAUAAAAGUAGCACAACCUAAAGAAGUUUACAGACAGCAGCAACAGAGGGGUGACAGAGGGUCAUUUGGCAGGGGUGGAUCAAGAGGUCGCGGAAGGGGGGCAGGUCAAAGUCAAAAUUAUAACCAGAACUAUGGAAAUUAUUACAGUCAAGGUUAUGGAAGUUAUGGAAAUGGAUACAACCAAGGGUACAGUGGAUACAGUGGCUACGACUAUUCUGGUUAUAACUAUAAUAGCUAUGGAUAUGGCCAGAAUUAUGGUGACUACAAUGGUCAACAAAGUAGUUAUGGCAAAGCAUCCAGGGGAGGGACAACUCAUCAAAAUAAUUACCAGCCAUACUGAAUUGAAUCUGAUUUUGAAGUUUAGGUAAGAAUAAUUUAACUAUUAUAGAGAUGAUUUUUAACUAAAUGUAACUUUAAAGAUCAAUAGACAACCCUCAAACUACUUUUUAAAAGCUGAAGUUUUCACGGUGAUUUUUAACCAUGCAUAUAGCUUUUUUUGAGUGUGUUGUUUAAAUUUAUGUCUAUAGAUCUUUAACAUAACAGUUCGGUUAGCAGUUUUGUCUUCUAGCCUCCAGAAAAACAUAAGCGUUUUUCUGUAGUUUUUGUUUUGAUAACAGGUUUUUCUUAAGGAGAUAACUUAAAAAGAGACUUUUUAGCAAUGUUAACAGGUAAAGUACUGCUAAAGGGUACAAAUUAAGGACCUACUUUUUUCUUCCUAACUCUGAUAUUGUACCUUGUUUGUACCUGCCAGCGGGAACUUCAUUGCAGGCCGUGUGUCACCCUGACCACGUCAUUCUCUGGGGGUCGCACAUAGCGGGCAGAGAGCAAGGCAUGCACAAGAAAACGCUGUCCUGUGGUAUGGUCUCUUCCAACUUCCUGUACCAGCGUAAAGAUUAAAAUGGAAACUACAGACUUUAUUUGAAAAUGGUUUUUUUAACAAUUUAUAAAUUGUUUUUUGCAGGAUUCUAUUUAAAAAUAAAAUCUUAAAUCACUUUCAUGUUUAAUUGUAUUCUCUUUAUUUUUAGAGUCAUGUUUUUAUUUCAGUUCUGGACCUUCUGUGAUAAUUUUUUUAAUUGCUUAAACUUUAAUGCUUGCUUUUUUCUUCAUAGCUGAUAGAGAAACCAUCAAACGAUAAACAAGAUCUCAAAUCUUAAAAUAGUUUGUUAAAGAUCAUAUGUAAACAGGCCUUUGAAAGUAAAUCUUAUGCCAUAUAUUUUUGAAUUGUGAAAUCUUUGGGAAUAAAUUGUCAUUUUUGACAGCAAGUUGGGAAGAUGCAUAUUUUACAAGUAGUUUUAAUUUAUUAACUUAGAAUGGUGUACAUAUGAUCUUUAAUUUGAAAAUAAAUGUAAGAAUGAAAGUUGACAGCAAAAGAAGUUAAUGCAACUUUCGACACCUUUAGUAUCAUUUUCUGUUAUUUCCUAACAUGCAUUUUAUCUUUUUCUUACAGGUGGGAGAUUCGGAUGGUGGUUCUGCUCGUUUUCCUGGUAGCAGAGAGAUUCUAGUCCUUUUAAAAAAAAAUUUUUUUUUGAUGACCUUUUGUUUAUAAACAAGUUCAUCAUACAUGGUGUUACAGCAAGUGUCCAGUUUGUAAAUAGCCAUUCAGAAUUUCUAAUUUUGUUACUGAAAUUUUUCCCAUCUGCCAUGUGGCUGUUGUUAAUUCUUAUUUGUUUUGUAAUGUGUUCUGUUCCUUUUUAUGUAACUCAUUUUUUUGCAACCAAGAGAAAAUUAAAGGGGGAAUGAUCCUG